AUGGUCCUCCGUGGGGGGCUGGUCCUGGGACUCCACACCUUGAUGACCCUCCUGAGCCCCCAGGAAGCUGGGGCCAUCAAGGCUGACCACAUGGGCUCCUACGGACCAGCCUUUUACCAGUCCUAUGAUGGCUCGGGUCAGUUCACCCAUGAUUUCGAUGGAGAGCAGCUGUUCUCUGUGGACCUGAAGAAGAGGGAGGCUGUGUGGCGUCUGCCUGAAUUUGACAACUUCGCCUACUUUGACCCGCAGAGUGGGCUGGCCAGUAUCACGAUGAUCAAAGCGCAUCUGGACGUCUUGGUGGAGCGCUCGAACCGUACCAGAGCCACCAACGUGUCCCCAAGAGUGACUGUACUGCCCAAGUCUCACGUGGAGCUGGGCCAGCCCAACGUCCUCAUCUGCGUCGUGGAGAACAUCUUCCCCCCUGUCAUCAAUAUCACCUGGCUGCGCAACGGUCAGACCAUCACCGAGGGGGUGGCCCAGGCCAGCUUCUAUGCCCAGCCCGACCAUCUGUUCCGGAAGUUCCACUACUUGCCCUUCGUGCCCUCGGUGGACGACUUCUAUGACUGCAAGGUGGAGCACUGGGGCCUGGACAAGCCGCUCUUUAAGCACUGGGAGCCCCAGGUGCCUACCCUGCUGCCUGACACCACAGAGACCCUGGUCUACUCCCUCGGCCUGGCCCUUGGCCUGGCCGGCUUCCUCGUGGGCGUCACCCUCAUCAUCACAGGCACAUGCCUGUCCAGCACCCCCAGGUAAUGGCCCUUCUGAGAGAAACAAGUAGGGGAGACACCCUACGGCUUCCUGGCAAGUGUCUGACAGCC